AUGUCUGAAACUAAUAGAAAAAAAAAACAAAAAAAUUCAACAAACGUUUAUAUCAAUCGUAUUAGAAAUGAUCCAGUCAAACUGACUCACACACCGAUGAUUCCUAAAUCGGAUGAUUCAGAAAGUUGGAAAAUACACAAUCAAAACAUGCAAGAAAGAAUUGAGCAAAUUAAGAUUGAUAUAAUUUGGUCCAAGUUUUAUAGCAGAUUUUAUCAAUCACAUUAUCUGCGUAACUCUUUUAAGAAUAAAAAGUUUGCAUCAGAGCAUGAAAAAAACAAAGAAAUAAAUAAAAAGCUUAGAGAAACAAUACCAUCUUCUGACAAUCUUAAUUCAGAAACUGCUGAGAAAAAUUGCCUUUCAAUUGAAGAAAUUUUUGAUAAGUUAAGUCAUUCGAAGGUUACGAUUAAUUAUUUUCAGGAAGUUAAUAGAGAAGAUCUUGAUAUAUUAAUCAAUUUUUUAGUGGGUAAAG